GUGCUAAGUUGCAGCAGUGGUGUCAAAGUUCACUAUAUAGAGAGCUCACUGAGCUGAUCGGAGAGACACCACUCUGCCAGCCCUUUCCUACAAAUCGCAAUCACUUCCUACACCCCCCUCCUCUUUAGCAUAUUUGAUCACUUUGAUUCCCAGCUCCUGCCUUUUAUUUGAGGGGUUUUUAUUCUGCAUGAAGGAUAUGUCCAGCAGUCUGUGAUCUGCUUUCCCUGUUUUGUUGUUUUGUUUUUUUAAUUGUUAUUAUAUUUUUUUUGUUAUUAUUAUUAUUUGCUGCUGCUUCUUGCUGCUGGAGAAAGAGAGAGAGAGAGAGAGAGAGGAGCCUUUAUUUUUAUUUUUCCAUGCACAGAGGAAGAAGGGAUCUGAACAAGUUCUGCUGGAGCCUACCCUCCCCUCCUGACUGCCAGCGCUGGGAAAAGAAGAGCAGGUCUCCCCCCUGAUAAUCCUUAACCCUUCCCCUGACUCUGCCUGUCCAUGGCUUUCCUGAAUGGCUGACUGUGAUCUUCCCAGGACCUGGCCCCCAGCACUAGACCUGCACCCCAGCUUCACAGAGACAACCCCAAGUGAUCUCAUACGCCAGACCAGCUCUCCAAGCUUUUUCCUUAUCUGAUUGUAUUUGCUUUAUUUUUUUCCUCUCUUUUUUUUUCCUUUUUCCCCCCCCCAACUAAAAAUUCCUUGAGAACUACCUACCUACCUCUCCCCCCUCCCCCACCUACUCCUUCCCUUUUUUUUUUUCUUCUUCUUCUUCUAUCUUUAUUAAAACUGCCUGGUCUGGUCCCAUAUACCACCAUAAGAAGAGAAAGGGGGACGAAGCAGCUUGAAAACGGUUCCCAAUAGAUAUGGCAAUGGUAGUGGGUGCGUGGCGAGACCCCCAGGACGAUGUGCCAGGAACUCAACCUUCCCAAGCACCACCAGGGCAAGGACCCACAGGGGCACCACACACCCCACAGACUCCAGGGCAAGGGUUGCCCUCCUCUGCCCCAGCUCAAUCCAACCCAUCAAGCCAAUCCAGCCAGAGCCAGGGAGACAAACAGCAACAGCAGCAGCACAUUGAGUGUGUGGUGUGUGGGGACAAGUCUAGUGGAAAACACUAUGGACAAUUCACUUGUGAAGGCUGCAAAAGCUUCUUUAAGAGAAGUGUCAGGAGAAAUCUGAGUUACACUUGUCGUGCCAACAGGAACUGCCCUAUAGACCAGCACCACCGCAAUCAGUGCCAGUACUGUCGCCUCAAAAAAUGCCUCAAAGUUGGCAUGAGACGGGAAGGUAUUGGGAUUUCAUUAGUUUUUACACUCUUGCCUUUUGUUCAUGUUUCCCAACGUUCUGUAAGAGAAUGGUGUGUAACUUUCUCCUGCAUGGACUGGAUGGGGGCUGUGAGUUUGUAUGUGUCUUUUUUAUUUUUUAUUUUUUUUAUCAUUGCUUACAAACUGUAUAGAACAAUAAUAAUCAGAUACUCCAUUGUUUAUUUAGAAGAAUUUAUGUGCAUGUUAUUUAUAUACAUCUAUAUAUUGUUACAGAUCGAUAAAAUAGAUAAAUAGAUAGCACUAAUACAGUUAUGUCUAAAAAGAAAAUAAAUAGAGAUAAUCAGCAGUCCCUGCCUGUCAGUAAGGGUUAAUGCUGAAUUCAGGGGGUUUUUCCCCUUCCCUCUCUCCUAACAACCUCUCUCUCGCUGGAAUAAUCUCCCUGGCCUUUAUGACCUAGAAUGUCAUCCUGCACAGGAGUUAAAACUGAUUAAGAUCAGAGGUCUGUAUGGUAUUGGCUCUCCAAACACCCACCCUCCAUUAAAAACACAAUUUAACUUCUAGGUUUACUUUAAAUAUAAAUAGACCUUAGGUCUGCUUGUGUAAUUUGUGUGUUUGUAUGUGUUUUUAAGGCUACACUUUGUAUGUGUGUGUGUGUGUGUGUGUGUGCGUGUAUCUGUGUUUGUGUUUGCCUGUCCCCUUGUGAAAGUCAAAACCUUUGUGAUAUAAAAUUAGACAAGGGCAGUGUGUUGUUAGUGAGCAAAGCAGCCCAGCCUGCUGUGUUAUGUAGAGGAGAGGUUAGUACACUGCCUGGCUUUCUUUGUGUCCUCGCUGGGCUGUCUGUCCCUAGCAGUGUGUAAACUCUAACGCUCAGAUCUUCUAAAAUACAUUGUAACCCCACACACAGCACCCCUUACACCUCACCCCCGUCAGCCCCUCUAACAUUAUCCGUGCUUUGUGCAUCGUUUGCUAAAUGCAAAUCUAACCAAACAACAGCUAAGGCCUUGGAUACUGCAAGCAGUUAGAGAGAUCUCCCAUACACAAUAUAUCUUCUUUGUUGUUUUUUUUUAUAUUCUUCCCUGCUUUUCAUUUAACCAUUCUGUGAAGCGUGUGACUGCCCUUUGUAUUUUGUUUUUGUUACAGUUGUUAUUUUAAAGGCUAAGGCAUUAUGUUAAAAAAAUAUAUAUAUAAUUAAAAUGAAUCUGCAAUAUUAUAUGUGUAGAUGGGGAAACAAGGCAGCAUACGGCAAUGCAUGCACAUAUGGAGGAAUAAUUGAAUCUGUUCGUGUUGAGAAAGUCAGCAGAUUUUUUUUUAUUAAGCAAGCAUCUCAGUGAUAUUUAAGCAGUUGUACAAUGAGUACUUUAGAUUAUGUGUUGUUUUAAUUUAAUCAUAAAAAAGUCAGAUCAGCCUCAGAAAUGAAAUGUCUCUCUCUGUGUCUCAGUGACUUACAAAAAGAAAAUAAUAAAAAAAAAAUAAUAAAAAUGACUGUGUGUGUGAGUGUGUGUUGUAGCUUCUCAUAGAUACAAUGUAUCUCUCAGCCAUUGCCAAUUCAGAUAUUAAUUGCUGUAGUUUCUUCUCUUUUUACUGCAGCCGUACAGAGGGGUAGAAUGCCACCCACACAGCCUACACAUGGUCAGUUUGCCUUGACAAAUGGAGAUCCUCUUAACUGUCAUUCCUACCUAUCCGGAUAUAUAUCCCUUCUUCUGAGAGCAGAACCUUACCCAACCUCCAGAUUCGGCAGUCAAUGUAUGCAGCCCAACAAUAUCAUGGGUAUUGAGAACAUUUGUGAACUGGCAGCAAGAAUGCUCUUCAGUGCUGUGGAAUGGGCAAGGAAUAUACCUUUCUUCCCAGAUCUCCAAAUCACAGACCAGGUGGCACUUCUCAGGCUGACCUGGAGUGAAUUGUUUGUCCUCAACGCUGCCCAGUGUUCCAUGCCCCUUCAUGUGGCCCCUCUCUUGGCAGCGGCUGGGCUCCACGCAUCCCCCAUGUCUGCAGACAGAGUGGUAGCCUUCAUGGACCACAUACGAAUCUUUCAAGAGCAAGUAGAGAAACUGAAGGCGUUACACGUUGACUCAGCAGAAUACAGCUGUUUAAAAGCUAUAGUACUCUUCACAUCAGGUAAGAGGCAUGAGGAUGUGGUAUUUUAUUUUAUUUUUAUUUUUUUAAAUAUAUUUAUAUAUUUUUUUGAUUUUUGUUCAUUAGAAUAUACCCCCUUCCUCAUAUGGAAAGUCUAAAUUAUCCCCUUUGCUUCAUGUUAUGUAUUAUGUAUAACAUGCAUGCAUAUACAUAUGUGUAUAGGCAUAUACUUGUGUGUGAGUGUGAAGGCCCUCAUUGCAUAUAAAAGUGAAUGAAGCUAACAUCAUAAAUAAUUAAAAUUUGCCCUGGAAACCCUAGCCUGCUAGAAUGUGUGAGAGCAAUUCUAAAGGACAAUAGACAAGUUACCAUGUGUAACCUUAAUUUAAAAAAUGCAGAAUAAUAAGAAUAUUAACACUAAUAAAAAAAUAAUUAUUAUUAUAAUGUCCUAUAAAAUUGCAUUAUUUUUUCUAGUCUGUCAUUUAUUUUCCUUGUAGGAUAGAAGGGCUGAUAAUUUACUGUUUCCUUAGUUUAAGUGUAUAGCUAAAGGCAGACAGUUUGUUUACUUAACUCUAUGGGCCCAAACCAUUUAGAUUCCAAAUGUAUUUGUGAAUCGGACGAGUUCAGACAAGCAGUUUUGGAUUUCACUGCUGAACUGGUGUAACUUUAGACAGAAUGCAACGUUUAAGUGUAGAAAUACCGAGACAAUCCUAGCUUUAGCUUAGCCACUGCUGCUUGGAGAGUCUAAAAGCAGAAAGGAAAAUAAAAGAGAAAAAAAUAAAUUAAUUAAAAAAAAUUAAACCAAUGAUCAAUUCCUGUACAGGAAAUAAAAAUGAAAGUAAUAUUCCUCAACCCUAGUACUUGUGUGUAGUGUGGCAGUUAUCAACCAAUAAUGAAUGUGUUAUGAAAUCUAAUUAGGAUGUAUUGCAGGUUAAUCUGUGUGAAUAAUAUAUCUGACAAUAAUUAACUCUUCAGGCUAAACUAUGUAAAACAAAUUAUACUUUGUAAUGCAUGUAGAAUAUCUGUACUGCGUGUUACACUCAUACCACCCAUUGGGUGUAAUCCUUGCUUUACCCACAAUAUUUAGAAUCGCCUUUUUGUUGUGUGUGUGAAUUUUUGUGUAUUUAUUUUCAAACAUUAUUUUUUUUUUUAACUUUAGCGACGCAGUGGCUGCAGCUUUGCUGCAAAUAAUAUUAUUAUAUUAUUUUUUUUAGAGUAAUUGUAUUGUUUUUAUUUUCUAUUGUAAAAUCAUUUAAAACUAUACUUAUUAACUUGGAGGAGGAAUAUAAAUAUAUAUAUAUAUAUUUUUAUCACACCCUCUCACACUGAAUUAAAUAUCGACCAACACUAAUUAGUUUUAUGGUAUUUCCUAAUAAUAAACAAUUUAAAGUUUGACGUAAAGUAUAGCCAGUUAAAGACUAAUUUCCACGUCCAAAAGUUACUCCGUUAUUUUGUAUCAAUAUAUUAAUUGCUGUCGUUAAAAUAAAAUGUAAGAAGGACAAGAUAAAGCUGUAAACCACACGUACUAAUACGUCAGGACUAGACAUCUCCUUGUGAUAGAAUUACUUUACGUGUUUGCAAUGUAUUACUGUUAGUAUUCCCUGUUGAUAUAUUCGCUUACUUCUUAACCCUUCCCACGCCAUGGUGCCAAACCUAAUUUGGUAGAUUUUGUUUUACAUUUUUUGAAAGCUAUUCUGGCAGUGCAGAGGUUAAAAGACUCUAUGUAGACAAACACAUAAAAUGAGUUAAACAGAGGUGUUUUUUUUCCCUCCACAUGAUUCAAAUAAUCUGCAUGCCUUUUUUAAUGGCGUGUCUAACAAUUUGCAUGUGUUGCUCAGCUAAGACCCUUUCCAAUCAGUCAAUGGCGGUUUGGGUGACAAUCUUGCAACCUCAGCUCUCAGGGCAAAGGGAGUUUCUGAUUUAAACCCCAUGCAUUCUAGUAUUUUUUUAUUUGGGGGGGGAGUAUUAAAUUGUGCAGACCUUCUUUGGGUUCCCUGUGUAUAGGGGCCUUCUUCAAAUCUGCUUGAGUGCAGAGAGGGGCUAGAGUGAGAGAGGCAGAUCACAGUUUGCUUGGCUGAAUCUGAACAGCCUAUACUGACAAGAUGAUCUUUUAAAGAGCCACUUAAAACAGUUUCACAGACCAAAGAAAAAAAACCAUAGUCCUCUAACAAGAAUAUAUUAGAGUCCUGUAGGCCAUUUUUGUUGACUGGACUUCAGUGCUUUUAGGAUGGACAAAUGCUGAGCAAUACAAGCAUCUGAUUAUUCCUUCCCACGUUGAACCAUAGCUAACUCUCAGUUCAUUCCCCAAACUGCAGAUCUAUAGGCCCUGGCUUCUGUAGUUUAGGGAGGUUCCAUUUAGAAUCCAGAGAAUAGGAAGACUGUCUUCAGUUUUAAGGCAGAUCCUCCAGCUACAGUUGUAUAUUUUUUGUUGUUUUCUUUUUUUUUUGCAAGAAAAACCCCUCCUCCCACCCCCCCACCCAAAAUAAAAUUCCUGAUCAGUUAUUGAUAUUGUUUUUCACAUUUUCUUGCAGAUGCCUGUGGUCUUUCUGAUGUUGCCCAUGUUGAAAGUCUGCAGGAAAAGUCACAAUGUGCUUUGGAAGAAUAUGUUAGAAGCCAGUACCCUAAUCAACCAACAAGAUUUGGAAAAUUGUUACUCCGUCUGCCCUCUCUCCGCACAGUGUCCUCCUCUGUAAUAGAGCAAUUGUUUUUCGUCCGUUUGGUAGGUAAAACCCCAAUAGAAACCCUAAUUAGGGAUAUGUUGCUAUCUGGGAGCAGUUUCAAUUGGCCCUACAUGUCUAUACAAUAAAAUAUAUUUAAAAAAAAAAAAAUAUUGAAAGGGAAAGCAAGAAUUGCAAAAAUUAAAUAAUAAAAAAAAAUAACUAAAAAUAAAUAAAUAAAGACUUUGGGGUCUGGUUGCUAUAAUUCCUUCUGCUGAGGAGGGUUUAACUUGCUGUUACAAGUUUACUUAAAGAAGAGAGGGGAGAUCUAUUGGACUGUGAAUUUAAAAGACUAUCAUCGAACUCUUUCAGAAUGCAUUUAAACGUGUCGUUAAGAACAACUUGCUACUUAUCAUUUUUUUUUUUGUAAAAAAAAAAAAUUCCGAAAAAACAGGAAAUUAGUCUUUUUUUGUAACCUUUUAAAAUAUCGCUAAAAGUGCAUUUAAGGAGAUGUGGAGAAAAUUAGCAGAAAGAAGAAAGUAAGUUUCUUUUUUUUUCCCAAAAUUAUUAAUUGUCCUGUGUCUAUGUAUCUAUAGCUCUUUCAUUUUUUAUUUUAUUUUUUUUUAUUUUAUUUUUUUGUAUUUUUCUGGUUCCAAACCAGUUUACUUGUGGUUCUAUAAUAUUUUUUAUAUAUUCUUGGCUUAAAAAAAAACUGUGUAUCCUUUAAAAAAUAUAUAUGUUCUGCAAGAAUUAAAACAGUUUCCACCACGUAUCAUAGGAAAAAAUGGAACUUAAAAUAUAUAUAUUUAACUUGGAAACGCACUUAUAAGUGAUGACCCUAAAUUAAUUAUUGAACUUGAGACCUCUAAUUAUUUACCCAUUUGAACCACAUAAGUUUCUUCACUACACAAAACAGAUUUUGUUCUUGUAAUAUUCACAAAUUAAAUAAACUGUGGGUUGAAGUGAAAAGGGUUUCAGUGUCAUAGACACUGCUGUUUAGAUAAAUCCAUUUUUUGGCCAUUUUUUUUCCAUGCAGUAUUCUCAAAAUGUUCUGAAGCUCCUCUACCUGUUUGUAUAUUUGAAAUCCCUUUGUAUGAUAAUUGUUGAUAUUUCCCUUUUUUAAAGAAAAAAAAUACAAUUCAAAUCAGCAUGACACAGUUGGCACUUAUAGAUAAUGUGAUUGAUUCCGUAUCUAGAGUUUACAGUUUUGUGUUAAAACUGAAGGUUUUUGGUUAUUUUUUAAGUGCAACUUUUUUUUUUCUGUAUACUGUAAAAGUUACAAUAACUGAACUGUUUGGUCAAGUCUUUGUGUGUAAUAUUCCAAGAAAAUUGAAAGUAUUCAGAAAUUAAAAUAUUAUUUGAUAUCUGAAAUUUGUUUGGCUGUGACAAGUGUCUUUCACCCCCUUCCCAAACCCCCCCUAAAAAAAAUAAUACUAAUGAGUAUGAUCAUAAUAGUACUCUUAAUGUAUGGAUUAAAAAACAUAUAGCAGUACAGCAACAGCAGCUGCAGCAAAUGAAUAACCCAUUCGGUUCCAGAGAUGUUAUUUGUCAUUUUAAUUUCUGGAAUAUAAAGGGUUAACUCAAUUAUUUACCUAUUUACCUUUUUUCAUUAUGUUUGUUCAAAGGUGAAGCAGUGUAUCUGAAUGCUUGAUUCGGCUCAGAAUGCUUAAAUACCUGGUUAGAUGUUUGGUUUAAAAGGUGCUGUACAAUAUUGCUCACCAUUCAUAGUAACAUAAUCCCCUUUUUAAUUAAAAAUGGAUUUCCAAGAAAAGGCCAGAACUCAGAUGAUCUGUAUAACUAUUUUAGCGAAAUAUAUUGCUGUAAACUUUAAAUAUUUGCAGCAUCUAUUUUCUGAUCGUAUAUUUAAAUAUAUCUAUAUAUAUAUAAAAUACAUGCACACUAUUUUUUGACAUUUCAAGUAAAUACACACAGGCUAUUUUUGGCAAGCCACUAAUAGAUUUCUAGUUUACAGAUCAUUUUUUUUUGAGUUUUCUGAAAUGGACAAUAUUAUUUUGUUGGUCCCUUUAUAAUAUUGUUUAGGAGAGGUGUUUAAAUGGGGAAAGUAUGCUACAGAACCCUGCAUCUGUUUCAACUACACGAUUGAAUAUCAAUUUUGAUUUUACCAUCAGAUUGUACAAGAAUGAACAUAAGCUAUCAACACAUAAACCAUUUGGCUUGUAUUUGUGUUCUAAUGUUAUUAUUGAAAUUUUACAUAUCCCUGUACACAUGGGUAUAAUAUUUUGCAAGUGUGUCCUGGACACUGAUUACACACAGCAGGUCUUUCAAAAUGAAAUCGUAUAGAAUAUAUAUAAAUAUAUAUUUUCCUUUGGAUUGGUCAGAUAUAUAUAUAUAUAUAUAUAUUUGAUUCCUUUCGUGAAUUUAGGCAUAUCCCAGAUGUUGGGUGUAUGAAGCUUGUAAUUGGUUUAAGACUUAUCCCUUAGUCACACAUUAUUGUGGCUUUUUCCAAAACGGGCAACAUUUUAAGUCAAUUAAACGCUCAUUUUAAUUUACUCUAAAUGCAUGUCUGGACUAGAAAGUGAGGAAUGAAAGGGAUAUAAAAAAAUUAUGCACUGGUGUGUAUGAAUAUAUAUAUAUAAAUAUAUAUGCAUGGGCAUAUAUAUAUAUAUAUAUAUAUAUAUAUAUAUAUAUAUGUACACACACAAAUAACAAAUUAUUCUACAAAAUCCUGAUGCCCACACAAACACACACAUCACACACACAUAUUUAUAUCCCCCCAUUUAUAUAUAAAUAUAACACUUAAAGACUUUCAUGCAUUCAUACAGGAAUAGGAACUAGAUGUGUGAGGGAUAGUACAAAUGCAGAGUAUUGCUGACCUCUACAUUCUGAAUUUUCUAUUGCAAGUCAUUUGUGAGUAUAUGAAGUUUGUAUUAAAAGCAAAAAAACCACACAGGAUCUCUUCUUUGUUUUGUGUUAGCUUGAUGUAAACAUGUGUUGUAAAUUGUCAUUGGUAUUAAAUUAUAAUUUAUGAUUUUGAAAAUCAAAAGCCAGUCCCUGUCUCAUUAUGUGUGCAGAGUGUAACAGUAUCUUUGAUUGGAAUUUUGCUACAACCCUUUUUUUUUUUUUUUUGUGUUGUACUCACAGAGUAACUUCAAUGUGUAUGGUCGUUAAACAAAACCUGUGUAUGCGUGUAUACUGCUUAGAGAAGGAUUUGUUUAAGGAGCAGAGUUAGAUUUAACUAUAUCACGUUUAAAGUAAGUUUUCCUUUUCCUGCUGAGUUAGAACAAAAGCUCGAGCAAGCAUUUGAAAGAAGGACAAAAAAAAGAGGGGGAUGUGAUUUAGGAGCAAGUUCUGUGAGAUCUUAAACAACUGCUUGUCACAAGCAGUUAAACUGUGCUUGCAUGGGGAAAGCUCUGAAUGUCCACUCGGACACGCAAGGGUUAACUCGUACUAGUGGAAGUGGCAACACUUUUAAACGUGUUCAGUCCAGGCUGCUCUAAUGCUGCUUAGUGUCUUAGUGCAAAAUAAACAGUUUUUUUUCUGUUUGUUUGUUUAACAUUAAAACCCCCAGUUGAGAUCAAACAAGGAUCAUCAACAAAAUCACGUUUGUGAAAUAAAAAUGAGACGAUGUAAUAUAUUCUAAAAUAAACAUAUGUAGCAACUAGCAGUGAGUUUAUGCUAUUCUCAGUGCAGAUCUGAAUUAUCAUGCAAUUUGCAGAUCAUCCCUUCUCAGUGAUCCCACACAGUGUAGCUUCCUUAAUGUUAUUUGGUCUUAGGGCUUCUGUUUACGUUAAGUGGAAUUUUCAGGGGGUGUUUUAGUGGGAACCCAAGCGUGUGAAAGUAUGCCUUUAAGCUUGCUGGUGACUCUGUGCCCUCUAAGCUGAGCAAACAUGGCGUCUCUCAUUGCAAUGUUAGGCUGCUCUAAAAGGCAGAGCUUCAGUAAUACAAAACACAUUGACAGAAGACAGGCAGGGGGACCUCUCCUCUAGGAGAAUCAGCAGCAGACAGAGAAAGGUUCCAUUCUGGAACUAGGCAGCAAUAAUAUACUUACCGUAUGUAAUAUUACACAUAUUAUAUAGUCAUGCUAUGUGGGACGCCUAGCUGAACCUAUCUGUCAGUUCCUAAUGCAUGACAAUUCUCAAAAAAGGCUGUCAUUGCAAUUCUUACGAGGCUGACUUUUGAAAGCAAUUUGUAAUCUAGCAAAAUCCAAUGAGAAGACUGACUUUGGGGUCUAUGUACUAAAUGACGCGUCGUGUUGACGUGAGAAUGAAAAUAAAAAUCCCCAACUUUAUAUGAAUUGAGGCCCCGUCACUAUUUAGAAAAUUAACCCCCUAAAAUGGGAUCAGGAUACAAAUAAUAAAGAGGAAAGUCAGAAUUAAGAAGGUGCAAGGGUUGGACUGCAUCAUAUAUUAUCAGAAUGUUUACAAAAUGUAACCCAUUCACUGCCGUACACAAAGUUAAGGAGGUAGGCCCUUUUAGACUUCUUGUAAAACUAUAAUAUAUAAGUGUGGUCAGAAAAGUAAAACAUUUGAAAAAUACUAUCACCUCACAGCGCUUUUUUACCCAAACCUAAUAAUAUAAUAAUUGUAACCUAUUAAAUUAGACAGGAUAGGCUGCUCCACGUUAAAAUGAUUUCUAGGCCUUUAUAUCCUUUUCUCAAAUCCACACUCAUAAGGUUAAAUUAAUUAGGGAUGCAUCCACUAAACAGUGAUCAGUGGUGAGCUGACAAUCAACAAGCAAAAUAAAGGUAAAAAAAAACUAAGAUAAAUAAAAUAUUACUAUCAGCACUGCUUGCUUUCUCCCCUCCUCCCCCAGCAUAAACUAUUGGGACCUAAAUUGUGACAAUCUGUUGUUAUCUCCCCAUUUAGUCAAUAAUUCCCUUAGCAGUCCUAUCAUUUAUCAUAACUUCUAAAUGUAAGUAGGUAAUGAGAUGUGCUUUAACUUAAAUAUAGUUGUUUGACAAGUGUUAUUCUGAACAACCUCUUAAGAAGAUGAUGAAUGAGCAGUAGAGGUAUGUGCACAUCCACAGCAAGGGUUAAAAAGUGCAAAUCUAUUGAACGUGUUGAGGGAUAUUUUGCUGCAGAUAAGUGUAAACAUGAAUGGACUGCAGGUCUAAGUGAUUGGGAUCAUUGUAUAUCUGGAUUACAGGCAGCCAGACAGGGUACUAAGUUAUUCACUAGACUCUCUGUUCUGUGAAAAGGUUUUUGCUUGCAUUAUGUAGAAAAGGCUCCUCUUUUUUAACACUUAUGCUCACCUGUUAAAGGAGUUAUAAAUCUUAUCUUGCCUCUGAUAAUGCAAUGAUAAUAGUUCUUGCAGUCUUUUAAAUUGAACUGUAAAAUGUGACUGGGGCAGUAUUGCUUUGGUGCCAUAAAAAGGCAUAUACUCUCCCUAUCUGCUAAACUGAUCUAUGUUGACAAAGUGAUAUACUACAGCCAGUCAUACCACAUGACACAGAGAAAAGCAUGGGCUUUACAACUUUUUUUUUUUAAAACAUAAUUUAUUGAGAUAAAUUUCUUUUUGAGAGGUAAGAAAAAAAAAAUCAAAGGAAUUUCUAAGUGAGAGAAGUUUCUCAGAAAAUAAACAUGCCAAUGAUUAGCUAAGCAAACACAUCUGCUUUCUUAGUUUUUCCUUAGUUAAUUACCAAAACAGGGAACCUUCCCCCCGCCCCCCUCACCCCCUUCCCCUCCUGCAGAAUAUUGUUAUUUCAAGAGGAUUCUGCUUUACCCUUGCAAUAUUAAUUUUAUUGGGAUUACCAAUGGGAAAUGAGCCUUGAUAUUCUUCCUAAUGUAAAGCUUAAUCGCCAACCCUUAAGAACAAUAUUUUUCCACCAAACAUCUUUCAGAGAAAGGAGGGGGGAAGGAAUUGCAGAGGAACUAAGCAGCAAUUUGAAUCAAGGCUGCAUUGGGCUGAUUUUACUUGACAGAGCGUGUGUUUCAGCAGGACUGUAUAAUUUGCACUUCUGUUCCCUUAUUAUGGAAGGACAGCGAACUAAUGAGCUUUUCUCCAGCACAAUGUCAAUUAUAUUUAUUUUCUUCCACAAACUUUUUUUUUUUCUAUAGUUCCAAGUUAUUCCUUUAAAUAUCUGUUCCCCUCCACUCAAGUUCCAUGGCUGAUACAGAGUUAAGCCAUGUGUGCAUUAUAUGACCAUGAGAUGUGUUUUUGGAACUCAGUACAGAUAGAUAUUUUGUUUUAGGAAGUCGCUGAAAGAAGUACUUAGUUUACAAACGGGUGAUUAUUUUUUUUUUUUUGAUUAUUUUUUUAUUUCUCUGUUUUAUGAAACCAAGUCAGAGUGCAUUGCAGGCCAAGCGUCCAUAGUACAUAACCACCAUAGGACAAUAAAUAGAAAACUAAUAAGUAGCAAAACAGUACUUUUAUUUCAACUGCAGGCCUUUAGAAAAAAACAAAAAAACAAUAGUAUAUUGUAAGAUUAUUUAAAGAUAAAAGAGAGAGAGAGAGAGAGAGAGAGCACACAUAGACAGAUCUAUAAUGAUUGUGUUCAUAACAGAAAAAUAAUGUUAAAGUGCAGUGUUUGCCUUAAGGUGUAAAAGAUUGAUAGGAAAUAUAAUUUGUAAUGGAUUAUUAGCUAUAGACUCACUGAUGAGGAUAAAUGUGAUGAAGUGUUGUAUUGUAUACUGAUUACAUGUGUCUGUGUUUUUAUUUAUUUUUUUGUCUUUCUGUAUGUGUAUGAUAGGAAACAUGUUGGUUUUUAUCGAUUUGUUAUACAUGCCGAAGAAGAUAUGUGGGAUGAGGUUUUAUUAUAUAUAAAGACAAAAUAAAUUGUGUGUGUGUGUGUGCGUGUGUCUGUUGCAUUGUGAACAUCAUGCAUGCUGUCAAGCAGUUGCUGUAUUGUGAACUGCAGAGACAGUUGCUAAGCAUCCAGAAACAGAGGGGUUACAUUGCAGCCACUUUAACUCUUUCAGUGCCACAGAGGCCUACAUCAUCAACCUUCUCCCUACCCCCCAUUUUCCCCCUCCUCUGCUGUCAAUCGGUUAAUAGAUCUGAAACUAGCUUUCUGGUAAACAAAACAUAUGUCAAUAUAAAUCAGGGAAAAACAAAAAUAGGGUUUGCCAAAAAAAAAAAAAAAAACACACCACCCCAGUAGAUUAGGAUAGGGGGGACAGGCACAUCAGAGGGUCUUUCUGUGUAUUCCUGGCCAGCUGUAGUCAAACACAAUGCUUUGUUUCAAACUCUCUCUCUCCUUAUCAUCCAUUUUCCCCUUUCGCCCAUCUCCUUUUUUCUUUGCUAUUUUUUUUCUCUCUCUCUUCCCUUCCAGUAAAUUGGUCGUAACGUGUGCCUUUAUGUUCUGCCUAUAACUAGGAUGUAAUCAGGCGCCGCAUGUCUCUCUCUAAAAGCAUUUAAUAAAUGUCUAUUAAAGGGCUACACAUGUAAGAUAAAUUUAGUAGCGCUGCUUCCUCUGUGUAUCCGAACGGUAAUGAUGGAUAUACCAACAGGGAUUCUCCUUCCGCACAGCCAGAGAUUCACUCUACAAAUAAGGCAAGCAAAGUACCCACCCAAAUACAAUUAUUUACACUGAACCCCAAAUCGUCACUCUGUGCCCUGUGUGCUGCAGUGGGUUUCAAAUCCAGUGGCUCCUUUUACAUUUUUCAAUCUCCAUCUAAACCUAAUAAAAAGGAGAAAGAGUGCAUAUUUUUACUGGCCUUCUGGGUGUAUUUUGAUCAGACUGUUAUUUUACACAAGCUGUUUCAACAUUUUCUCCCCCUAAAUCUAUCUCCAUAAAACCUUUAUUUUUUUCCAGUAGAUUUUUAUAGACUUAAAAUAACAGUCGUCUCUCUCUCUCUCUCUCUCUCUCUCUCUCUCUCUCUCCCUCUCACACACUCACUCAUUCAAUCUUUCUCUUCUUCAGCUCUCUUUCACAAUCCAUCCAUCUCUCUCCCUCAAUAUAUCCUCCCAUUCCAUUGCCUUUUGUAUCUCUUUCUCUCCCUCCUAUUGGCAAAUGCCUUAUUAAAAUAUCUUAUAGACAUCAAAUGAUUGUUACUCCUUACUGUAUAUUAAAAAAAAAAAAACUAUAAAAUACUGACAACCAUCAAUUAUCUUGCAAACACUCAUUUUCCCAUUGAUAUCAAUCUGUAUCAUCAAAAUCCCAAUGAUUGCUCCCCUUUUCAAUAUCAUAGACUGAUACAGACACUGCAAGGCUUCACAUUCCCAUUCAAUAAGUAUGACAAUACUGCCAUGGUUAUUUGAUUUCUCUUGUUUCAUCCUUGCUAAAUAAAUAAAGGCUUUUUAUUGCUGAUAUAGAUAAUUCGGCCUCCCAUUGUUAGACAAGAGGAAUAUCUUUUUCUAGAUGAUUUUCUAAGCAAAUAAUAGAAUAUUUAAACUCUAUGCCAGGGUCGACAGACACCUGCGAUAAUGUAAAGAAUUGUAGCCAACUUUAGUAACAGUAUGUUUCCUUAAAGGGUUUAUUAUACAAAUUGCAACAUAUUUAAUUCAAGGAAUAAUGCUGUUUAUUUUUUUUUUUUAUAAAUAAAUAUACCCCAAAUUCUCCCAUAUUGACGAGUUGCCCAUGUAAUAAAAAUCCAAAAAUUUAAAUUACAUACUAGAUACACACACAUAAAUGAGCUGUACAAUAUAGCCCUCAUAAAAACACUUGUCAAAUACGCGUAUAUUUAUUGUGCAUAAAAUAUAUCCUUGUUAAUUACAUAGAGUGUACACAGAAUUAGGUUUCACAAAGUCACACCAUAUAGGUGUAGUCAAUACAGCCCUAUAAAAAUAUACCCUUAACACUUAUAUUAAUUAAAUCUCAUUUACACACUCAAACACUACACACACCGACAAGUAAAAGCACUAAAGACAUACACAUGCAAUAGAUACAUGUGAUACAUUUAGAGUGGGAUUUUUUUUUUUUAUACUAUGAAUUAUUUUGUCCCCUUGUGUAGUUCUUUGUGGACAUUUAUAGAUUUCAUUGAGACUUCUUCUCACUUUUACUGUCAGUUAUCUUUGUCCAUUUUUAAAUGAAGGGCUUUUAACAGGAAUCAGUGCUCUCGGCGUGAGUCCCUCUCUCUAAAUGUUAGAAAAUUGUGCCAUCUACCAGCAAUGCUAAGUACUGACACAUUCACAGACCUCUAAGGACCUUCAGCCCAACUUCAAUGCAACUAUGUCAAAGGGUGGGCUUCUGGGGGGCUGAGAGAUGGCAGGCUUGCGUUCAGAGGGGAUUUCUAAGUCUUGAGGAGUAGUGCAGAAAGGGUCGUGAGCAGAGGGUGGUUCAUGUAUUCUCUUACAAACAGGCAUUGAAUUAUAGAAAUAAUAAUAUAAUCAUUUAGAUUACCUCCAGUAUCCCAUCUAAAUUUCUUUUCUUUUUUUAACAAAAGUAAGAAAUGUAAGGGUUCUUGCUUUAACUGAAUUUGUGCUGGGUCCCUCCCAAAAAAAUGUUCUUAGGGGGAACACUAUCAGUUUUUUUCCAGCACUGGUAAAAAUAAACAAAUAUGGUUGAUUUAAACCAAAUUAAUAACAAUUGCUUGUUGAUUUUUUGUGCAUUAUUUACUGCAAUAACCACAUGUAUGUAAAGCACAUGUAUGUGCAGGCACACAUACAUUUCUGUGCCUAUGCUGAAUGUACCAUAUGCUAUAGGUAUGUGUGUAUAUUUGUGAGCAUUUGUAACUUUGCAAUAUAUAUUACAACUGCUCACAAAUAUAUAUAUAUAUAUGUGUGUGUGUGUGUGUGUGUGUGUGUGUGUAUAUGAUAUAUAGCAUUUAUAUAUACAUAUUUGGAUAUAGACAUACAGUCUCGUUAAAAAUUGCGAGAUAUCUUUACAGUAUUUAAUGACGUAGUACAAAUUAAAAUAGUUCACUUCACCGGUACUUGGCGGCCAAGCGGAAAGAUAACGGUGUACUUAAAUUAUAUUUUAUUCCAAGUACUUAUUAUACAAAUUAAAAACAUAACCCAAAUAUUUAAGAUACAUAGUCAGAUAUUUUUUCCCUUAAUUUACGUUUUAUUCAUUUUAUUUGAGAGAAUCAUUCCACGGAAUGCCAUAUAGUAAUGGAUGUUCUUUAAAUGAAAGGAAAUCCGUAACAUGAGCGAUUCUUUAUUCUGAUCGUUCUAUAUGUGAGGGAUAGCACAGACAACGGUGCGAGGGGUGGCUUUCUCCAGCACGUCCCAAGUCACUUAAGCUUCCUGAUAUGGCCUGAGGUGUAGCGCCUUGAUUUAAUGCCCAAUAUAGCAGAAAGUUAAUGAAUAGGAAAAUGAUUUUACAAUAACGUGCAUUUGUUUUUGUUACAAGUAAUAUGUGCAGCUUUUAACGUUUCAUAUUAAAUUGCGUACUGAAUUAUUAAUCAUUAUUAAUUUGAUAGAAAUGGUUAUGUUUUUUUAUUUUUUUAUUUUUUUAAAUUCUUUAUUCAUAUAGGGAAACUGAGUUUUCUAAACUCAAUUAAUCACUUGUCCCUUGUAUCCUUCAAAACAAUGUCAGUUUUGAGGGAUGAACAUUUUUGAUAAUAUAAAGUAUUAAAGCCCAUAGUAUUUAAGGUCAUUUCAGUCCUGGUGGUUGGUGAUCUUCCAUGCUGGAUACUGUAUAUGGAGUACACAAUAAAUGAUACACUGAAGGCAAUGUAACCUGUGGGUUAACUCUCUUAUUGCCUCACUAGGAUCGCCGCUGAUUUAGGCAGGAGCAGUAAAGGGGUUAACCGCUACAUACCUCCUCUUUGGUAUCCUUGAUGCACCAGUGUUUAUUUAAUGUAGUACUAUAGAACUGGUUUGUUUCAACCGAUUAUCUCGUAUCUGUGCAGCAGAAGUAAGAUAUCUCAGUAGCCUCUGGGUCAGUCAUUGAUCUUUGUGAAAUGCUGCAAAGGGAUGGGUUAAUACUUCCUGAUUAGCAUGUUCACAGCACAGGACUGACUGAACCUUCUCCCUCUCGUCUCUCUCUCCCCCAUCCUUAUUCUCUCACAGCCCCCCCCCCCCCCAUCCAGAUCUUUCUCUAUCUCUCCCCUGUGCUCUAUUUCCCUAUCUCUCUUCCUCUCUACCACUUUCCCUCUAAGUCUUUCUUUAUCCCUUUUUCUUUAUUUCCCAGUCUUCCUCUCUCCUCUCCCCCAUCUGCACAGGUUCUUAGUAACUCGAUUCAGUAAACCCAAAGCCUUUUUGUUGUGUGUGUGUGAGUUGUGUAUCACGCUCUAUUCAGUGCACCUUAAUACACCGUUACAACUGUCCCCCCAAAUUAUUUCCGUUGCAUUUCUCUGUUUCAAUGUUUUUGGCUUUCUGUGGAUUGUGUAGUCAUCCUCUGGCGAUUUUCUUCCAGUCUCUUUACUUAAUCUUUUCUUUGGGGUGUUUUUAAUUCAUGUGGGUGCUAUAGAAGUAUAGCUCAGAAAAAAACAAAAACCUCUACUACCUACAAAGAGACUAGGGCUUUGUAAGGAUAGAAAGAAACAAAAAUGAAAAGAGAAUUGCAGUCCUGACUAACUUGUGAAAGUGUGUUUGUGUGUAUGUAUAUGUGUGUUUUUUAAAGAUGUCUUUGAACCGCCUGUGUACUGAAUAGGCACAAGCAAUUGGCAAUGCAAGUCACGGUUAGAGACAUUCUGAUUUAACCUCUUAUACCGAAUGAACCUUUUCAUUUGCAAACCGAUAAAUCUCCAUCUCUGGCUACCUUUUGUAGGAGCUGGCUGGGGCUUACCAAAAGCAAUCAUUUUUUUUUCCUGUUUUUUUUUUUAAAAUUUUUAUUCUGUUCUUAAUGAAAUUUGUAUUUUUGAAAGUUUUUCUCACUUGUAAAAAAAAGUUUGGGAGAUUGCAUUUUUUGGAAUAAAACAAUAAUCUUCAACGACUGUGGAUGUGGCAAAGUAAGAUCAUUCACUUUAUAUAUUCUCGUUGGAACGUUAGAUUUAUUUUAUUUAUAGUUUUUUUUUGGCUUUGUAUUGUGUCUGUGUAUGUAUAAAAGUGCUAUUGGGGGGUUUAGGAAGUGAUUUGCAAAAUGUACAACAAAAUAAUCUGUUUGAAAUAAAAAAACUCAAAUUUGGCAGAGUUAAAGAUAAAUUUUAAAUACAGUUAAUCUGACUCUCAAUUUUGCAGAUCAACACAACUCUGUAUUUAGUAAAUAACCCCCCAUGUGUGUAUGUGUUUCUGUAUGUCAGUAAGCCUGAGUUAUAUCAAGUUACUAAUAAGACAAGGGGUGUAGUAAUAAAUUAGUGUUAGUGGGCUGUAUGAACAUUCCAAAUUAACCCCUUGUUUGGCAAAGGAAGUGUCCUGUGACUGAAACAGGCCUAGGACAAAAAUAAAAUACAAUUAGACUUAAAUACAUUGCAUUGAUAUUUAAUAAUAAUUAGUGAUACCUGAUUAAUAACAGAAUUUACAUUUCUACAUAUGUGUUUUUUUCUUUUUGUGUGUUUGCAAAAUACUAAGAUUUAAGAAUAAUUGGCAAUACUACUGCCUUUUAAUAUUGAAUUAUUUUCUUUUUCCUGUAGAAUUUCAUAUACUUUCCCCCCCCCCAAACACACACACACACAUAUAUAUAUAUAUCCGUUCAAAAAGUUACCUACACUUGGUAUGUUGUUUUUAUAUUCGGUGCAAUGUAAAUAUUAUAGUGCAAAAUAUAACUUAUUAAUCUGUCUAUAAAUAGUAUUUUUGGCAAAUAGAUAUGUUUUACUGUUAACCAUUUGAGUAUAAGUACAACCCCCAAAUAAGUUGCACUCAAAGGGUUAACUUGGUGUAUGUUUAAAAGAGUGUGAAAUAUAUCUACAGCAAUUUAUAAACGCUUUCACUCAAAAUAAAUAUGUUCAAUAAUCAUUGAAGGGUAAUGCUGAGAUCAACUUCCCCCCAAAAAUAUAUAAUUAUUGCUAUUAAUUUUUAUUUAGAUGUACAGAUUGGUUUACAUAUUAACCAGUUGGAUGCUUAGUUCAGUUCCUUAGUUUCUUCUAAAAGGAUAAAACAGCUCCUAUCCAAUUCACUUUAACUAUUUGAUUGUCAGAACUUAUUAAGAAACUCAGUUAAACCAGUAUGCCAGACAGCAUGUUUGUUUACAAAAUAUAUGACAAUUAUAAAUAAUAAUAAUAAUAAUAAUAAUAAUAAUAAAUAACAAAACCCAUACUUAAUUUAUUGUUACACAUUAGUUAUGAGCAAUUUGUGAAAUUCCCAUCUUGUUAUUUUCAAAUGGGCGAAACCGCAACUGAACACAUUUUCUAUAAUAAAUAAAUAAAUAAAUAAAUAAAUAAAUAAAAUAAAUUAAAUAAAAUAAAAAUUCCCUCCAAAUGAUUGGCUGGUAGUGAACAUGUAUACAUUUAUAAUAAAUAAAUAAAUAACAAUUUAGGUGUUUUUUUGCAGUAUUUUAAUGCUAUCUAAUACCAUGACUAGUUUCAUUGGGGAAAAUGUACCUAUUCCUCCAGCUAUGUAUUCUGCGUGUGCUCCCCAUCCCCACGCGUGGGUAAGAAGGUAGCGAUGCCUUUUAUUGAUUCAAGCAAUAUAAAUAUUAAUUACACAAUAACAUCCGAUAAAUGAUCCAGCUGCCAUUUCUCCACAGUGUUAUAGAAAAAUAUCUCUCAACAGUGUUACGCUAUACAAAAUACAUGAAUGAUAUAUUAAGCUUAUUUAACCUUUUAUGUACCAGAGUGAAGACUAAACGACAAGAUUAGAAAAUUGACAAAUAUGUAAACACACAAACAAUGUACAUAUUAGUACGGUGUCCGAGUUUAAAGCAUUAUACUGCAUAAUUAUCUGUUGUAUUAUUAUUAUUAUUAUUAUUAUUAUUAAAAAAAAUAAAACUAUGGCAAAAUAAUGUAUUUCUGUUCUGGACUGAGAGUUUGUAUCACGUUUGUCUAAUAAAUUAUUGAUGCGAAAAUCGUUAGUAUCCAGUUAAACAGUAUUGGAAACAUCUUAGCAGUUAUAACAAAAUGAACGCACAGGAAAGAGAAUGUACAUGCAGGGGUGUACAAUCAGGAUAACAGCAUCGACACAUGUUUCUGUCCAAUGACAAAAAUAAUCCUCUAAAAAAAACUCUAUUUUAGAACAUGACAUAUUUGGUAAAAAAAAAAAAAAAAAAAUGGGAGAGGCUCGAUGGAUUUUAAUGCAUUCCGAAUGCAAAAUAAUCUUUAAACAAGCUUAUAAAUGUGUCAGUGUGACACAAAAUUGGUCCAAAUGUUUUUUCACCUAGCCAUCAAAGGGUUAAACCUACUGAUUUGAAGUGUGUGUGUUGUGUAUGUGUAUGUAUCAACUUAAAUUUUACAUUUGUUUACUAUUAAUAUAUAUAUGUAUAUAGAUAUAGAUAUAUAUACACACACACAUGUUGCAACUGAAAUAUUGAGGUAUAUUUGGCUAUGUGUGAAUUGUAAAAUAGAAAACAUACAAUUGCUAUUAUUAGUAUUUAUAAACCGCCAUCAUUUCAAAAUUGGAUACAAAGAAGCAUUCUGUCAUUCUGAUAUAGAACCUCUGCUGCUGGUAUAAAAACCCUUCACCUUUCCCAGGCCUCACUGUUGUAAGACUACUUACAUAUCUCAAGCUCAGUGCUCUCGAGCAUCUGGGGCAUAUGGUGAUGAAAAGAUCAUUCUUGGUACACAAUUGUCACAUAGGGGCUUACUCACCACCCAGUGAAUUGUACUUGAUUGCCAAAUGUAGGCCACCUAGCUAAGUUGGAAAAAUCAUCCAGUUCUUGCAAUGCAUACAGCUUGGCUGCUUUAGCCUGAAUUGUGCAAUGCAGCUUUAAGUUCACUUUGGCGAAUAAACCCCUACACGUGUCACUCAGGUACUUCCCAUAUCAAGGACAACCAGAAGAAAAGGCUGGUUAAGAUAUCACAAGUAGUAACUGUUUGGUCACUGACUGGCUCAGAAACCUUUUUUCAAUGGAUAAGCAAUGCAUUGCUCUUGUCCUUGGGAAUUAGAGUGUUAACCCUAAGGAGAAUCCACCUGCUUUGCACUAUCCUGGUAGCUUGGAAACUACCAGGGGCUUAUUCACUAAACAAUGAGCAUCGAUGAGUGAAUCCAGGCAAGAGUAGCUGAGUGUGACAUAAAUAAAAUCUAGUGCAACUGACAUAAAUACAUAUUUCCCACCGUUUUGCCCUUAAAAUUACAAUUAGAUCUCAACUCAGUGAUUAGUAAAUAGACCCAAUGUGUGCAUUUUAUUGUCUAAUAUACACCGUGCCAUUUAAUUGCAACUGACAACUUGUGACCCAGUCCUUAAACCUGUUAACUCCAAUUUUAAAGGAUACAAAAGUAGGGCCAGUUUGUGAACAAGGAUAGAUAGAUAGAUAGAUAGAUAGAUAGAUCGGUUUGCAAGAUUGAUCGUAUUGAUUAAUUUGAGUCUUGGUUCUAGCUGUUACCAUUUAAUUAGCCAUUUAACUAGUAAUAAUAUUAAUAAACUAAACACAACACUAUGUUAAUGGUGAAGAAAUGUCAGAUCAAUAAACACUGAUUGGUAUCAUUUCAGAGUGCUUGGAACACGCUGAUAUGUCUCUUGGCAUGCAUUCGUUAUUACUGCACACGUUAAUAAAUGAAAGCUAAUAUUCUCUGUCUAUACAGCGGUCUAAUGGGGACCUCUCAUAUUAAGCUCACAGGUUGCAAUGCAGCACUGAAGCCUCCUUCCCCAGUCUCCCUCUAAUGUCGAUUUCUAUAAAUACAUUCUCACUUCGCGUAUUUUCUCUCCUGCAAUUUCUUUCCUCCACAAUUUUCUCCAGGCAUACAUAGUUGUUUUUAUCAAUUAAAUAUAAUUUAAAUUAAAAAAGAAAAUAUUGUGCACUAAUAUGAAUUCGAGAAACGCACGACUUGCUCUCAAUUAAUGCUAAGUGGGUCUAUACUCUCAGUGUCCAGGAUAAUGAUGUUUUUAUAAGCAGGGAAGACAGUGGUUCUUGCUGUAACAUUCUGAUGUAUUAGACAGGCAGGUCCAGUUCACCAGUGAUCCCUCUGGUUAGAAUAUUUAACACAUUGAUACCCUCUCCUGGCUCUCAAUGUGUGAAUCACCAAACAAUUCAAUUUGGCAGGAAUUUUAAAGGCAGUAAAUAGCCAUGGCUGAUAUUUUCACCGAAUAUUUGUGAAUAUUUAUAACAUGUUCAGCCGGUUUGAAAACCGAAAAAAAGAAAAUAAAGGCUGUCUGUGCAUGGUGAGAUUUAUAGUUCACAAACAUCUUAGGUUCCAUGGAAAGACAUUGCCUGUAGACUAUGCAAUGUGCAGGUUAGCAGAACUGGGAUUCUCUGGUUAUGGUUAAGGAAUAUUAUAGUUACAUUAUGGAAAUUGAAGUGUGACGUCACAAAGUGGUUGCUAGAAUGUUCUCCUCAGAUUCAAACGAAGCUCUAAAUAAAUUCAGAUCAGUGACGUAGGUAUUCACAGACAUCAGAGGCACGGAGACCUCUCUGCUGUCUCCUUGAUACAAUUUGUAAGGCUUGCAAUCCUAAAUUUCUUGUCCAAUCCAGAAAAUGUAUCUCAUCUGGAGCUCUAAAUCAGCCUCUUUCUAAGAGGAUAAAACCAUGAUUUUGUGUGUUGUGUCAAAUAAUACUUUUGUUAAUCCAUGUAAUAUACACUUUGCUCAUCCAAUUGAUCACUUGCACACACCGUACACACAAACAUGCACACACACAUAUGCCACACGCACACACGCGCACGCUGACACACGCAAACACGCACACGCACACACACACACACACACACACACUCACACACACAUGCACACACACACAUACAACAUGAAAAUAACUUUUGUUUACACUUAAGUUAAUAUUGUUAUAAUCCACGAAUUAUGGGCCAGUCAAGUGUGCAAAAACAAUGACAUUCCCUAUACAAUUCUUUAAAAUACAUUUUAACCCCUUAAGGACCAAACUUCUGGAAUAAAAGGGAAUCAUGACAUGUCACACAUGUCAUGUGUCCUUAAGGGGUUAAAAAACUGAAGCAGUGGGAUGGGGUGGGGGUGAUGACCUUAAUCUAUUAUUGAUUUUACUUUGAAAUAUUUGAAAGUGCAAUACUGUAUUAUUGUGAAUAAAUAUAAUAAAAUUCUUAAAUAAAAAAAAGAACUCGGGUAUGUUUUAUUUUAUUUCUAUAUUUUAUUCAGUCUGGUGUGUAUGUGUGUACAGAAAGAAAUGGAAGAGGUGUGAUUGUGUAGAAUGUGUAACAUCUCCAGUCUUGUUCUCUCUGUCUUCAAACCUACGAAUCAUUAGCAAUACCCUCUGGCUACAUGUUUUGCACAAGUGAAACAUUAAGUCAUAGUUUGUAAUACAAACCCUGAUUAUUUGCUUUACAUUUGUCUUGAAGAAUUGCAGCAAGGAUCCAAUCCUUUCCCUCCUCCCACAUGUAACUUCUUACAAAAUAACAAAACCCCGAAACCUUGAAAAAUCUGACUUUAUUGGUAAAUUGCAAAACCGUAGACGGUCUGGCACUCUUAAUUAAAUCGUUUUAUUUCCUUUUACAACAACUUCGAAAUCUGUCAUUUUUCUGUGUAUAUGGUCUCUUACUAUAUAAAAAAAUAAUCAAUAAAAUUCACCAGGACUGCUUUUAAAAAUGCAAUAUAGUUCAUAGGGGACCUAUUUACUAAACGGCGUUUUGGAACGAUUUAAAAAACAAAACAAAAAAAACAAAAAACGAUUUACACAAUUUAGGCCAAGAUUGCAGAGUUGAAAAAAAAAAUGUCUCAAACUUGUAUUAGAUUUUUUGAUUUUUAAACUAAGCUUUGUUUUUUUUUUACCCUGUAGUUUGCUAGUCGGUUCUGAGUCCCCACCAACUGAACCUACUGUUCAGUGAAUAAGCCCCAUAGAAGGCAGACUCUCUUAACACGAUAUAUUCCAUCUGCCUAUCUUAUAAAGCCAGCGCUGGAUAUUGUCGAUCUGUCACUUUAUAAAGCGCCUACAUAUUCCAUAGGGUUGCACAAAUAAAAAAUUUAAUUGGCAAGAAGUUACAUAGUUAAUUAUGCCCACCCUCCUACAGAGCCAGAAAAACUCCAAAUCGUGUUUGAAAUGAAUGUUGGCUAAAUUCUAAUUUCUGAAAUAUUAUUGCUUCUUGCCAGUUACAUUUCAACUAAAUGUAACUUUAUCAGGGCUGAUAUUUAAUACACAUUACACCAUUCGCCAGAACACGUUAAACAAAUAAUUGUAUCCAUUGUCCCAGAUCGCUCCAAUGUAACAAAACUGAACUGAGCAACUAUCACCAUAAUUACACAACUUACAGGUGUAACAGCACACUAUUGAUUUCAUGUCUUGAAAAAUUAUCCAGACAAAAAAAAAAAAGAAGGAAACAGAAUAUACAGAGAAAUGAUUUUCGCUAAUUAUCUGCUUCUAGGCGACAAUAAACUUGCUGUCUCAAUUCACUUCCAUAGAAAGUGAUUUAUUAAAUAAAAAAUGGAAAGAUAGUCUUGCAAUUUCUAUGACAAAGUACAAUUGCUCCAUAACAUUCUUCAUUUUCAGCAGUCUCUCUGUGAUGCCCUUUUUAUUCUCAUCGAUCCUUGCCUGUAAUAUCAUUUGGAUAUUAGCUCAAGAAAUGUAAUCCCAGAGUCUAUAUUGCAAGAAAUAUUGACACCCAAUAACUCCUUAUCACCACAUACUGAGUUAUUAGUAAAUCACAAGAUUCACUUUCAUUUUUCUUUUUCUAGGUGCUGUCCCUGUGUGUGAGGCUGUCAGAGAGAGAAUGUUUUCUAAAGUGCCUUGUUAAGGGCUACUUCUAAGUGUCCAGA